ACCCGGCACCGUGCCAGUCGACCUUUGAUCCAUACAAAUGCCCCCCCUAGCCCUCGACUACAACGAUUCAUACUACAAUUAUUUCUCUAAAAUGGCUCGCCUUGUCCUCGAAGCCUUUUUUGAAGCCGGCCUCAUAGCCAUAGUGGCAGUUCUCUUCGCCACUUUUAUUAUCGCAACUAUUGCAGAGCUUCUGGGUUUUGAUUAUGCGUCGUUGAGCCCAGGUCGAUCAAAGAAGAAACAGACGAGUUACGAGAAUGAUCCCUCGUUGAGCUGGGAUGAACAACCACGCCUUUUACUCGAGAUGGAGAUCUUGAACGAUAUGUUGGAACAGCGCCGUGAGAGAGCGGAGCGGCUGGUCAGACGGACGAGACCUAGGGUAUAAACGAAGACACAUAGCAAAUAUCAAGAGACUCUUUUCUCAGUAUGUGUUCGCGGGUCAGACCUGUUUGUCGGUUGAGAUGCAGAAACUAGUUGGAAUGUUAGCAUUCGGUUUAAGAACAGUGUGAUAAGUUUGGCAAGGAAAGGAUAAUUCCGAUUGAAGGUCUGAGGAGUCCCGGCGCUGGUUCCCGACUGGGACCAUUGUAGUUUUGCUAGAACGUAUAGAAUAUUUGGUGGCAUAUAUAUCCUGAG